AUGGUGAAAGGCUUUCUCUCUUGCCGGCUAUACCACAAGGAGGCAGCGCUGCGUUACGACACCAAGACUCCGCGCUACCUCCACAUCUCCAGCAACAAGACCAACCGCUGGGGCCACCAGCGCUCCUACAGGCUGCAGGUGUUCAGCUUCACAGGGGACCAUCUCCCCGAGAGCCAGGACGAGGAGAGGGCCAUGUCCUGGGCAAGGUAUAAGGUUGCCAUCACCAAGCAUAAGGAUGGAGAGCAGACCAGCAGCAGUCUGUACAGUCAAAACAACAUCUGGUCUCCAGCCGUCGACUUCAGCAAGUACAUUGAAGACAACGAAAGCAUUGAAGACGAGGACCUGGUUGCCUGGGUGACCACCGGCUUCCUUCACAUCCCCCACUCCGAGGACAUCCCCAACACGGUAACCGUAGGCAACGGGGGCGGGGUCCUGCUGCGGCCACACAACUAUUUUGACAUGGACCCGUCCAUCCACUCUGCUGAUUCGGUGUACCUCUCCCCGGGCAGCGAGGACAGCUGUGACAGCAACAGGAUGGCCUGCCUUGCUCAAGAGACCUGCAGCCCUGUCCUGGAACCCUUCACCUAUGAAGGCUUUGAUGGAGUCAUGAAGUUUGAGGAUUGGGUCUAAUGUGUUUUUAGCCCUGAUGAACUCUAUUUGUUGACCUAUCAGGAAGCUUUUGUCCAUGUUACCAUGUUUAUAGAGGCAGUUUGGGACAUCACAUUAUGUGUGCUACAUGAUAUGGGUCAGGGUUAAGGCUAGCAAGGAGUUCACCAGGCAAGAUGAAAGAAAUAUUUUAACAUUAGGAAAAUAUGCAAACUUCCUUUGUUGUGGAGAGUAUGAUGAGUAGAUCCAUAUCACUCUCAGGACAUGGUAAGUUGUGGAACAUUUAGGGGGAAACAGCUAGCUCUGUCCUAAGUAAAAUAAAAACACCUUUUUUGGUUUACAAACAGAAUAGACCAUCUUUGCCAGGGACAAAAUGUCCCUGGCAGAGGCCAAUGACCCCAUCAUCCUUCAUGCUCGGAUAAUGCCUAACUUUUAACUCAACCUUUGUUUUUAACUCAACUUUAAAUCUGUUACAUUUCUCAUCUACACCUUACACAGUAGCAGGGCUAUCGUGGUGAUGAAAUCUUGAAACACUGACUCAAUAACAAACAAUACCAUCUUGGCUGUAAAUAAACGCCAACUCAGGUGAAGUUUCAUGCUGGAACUAUUUCUUUUUGGACAACAUUCAGACUCAGUAGCUGCAGCUUCACAGUUUGUUUUCACACUAAGGUUGCCAAGUUUGGCAUCAGUUUGUCUGUAAUGACUAAAAACAUAGCUUUGCUGACAUAUAAACUACAUUUAAAUAUGUAACGAGGUAAAAACAGUGUGUAACCCAUAAAACCUUUAUUUAAAUAUAUCUAACAAACAAGUAUAAACAUCAUAUCAGUGAGCUUUAUAAGUGCUUUUUGAUUUCAGAAAGAGCCAGACAGGCUAGCUGUUUCUCCUUACUUCUAGCCUUUAUGCUAAACUACGCUAACCUACUGAUUCCAGCUAUGAACACACAGAGAUGAAUAAACUCAAUCUUCUCCCUUCCCUUUUGGUAAAAAGGAGAAUGAGGGUAUUCCCCAAAAUGUUGAAUAUCAAGAAAAAAGUCAGAAUUCUGAGAUCAAAUCAAAACUUAACAUUUUAUUUAACUUUUGGUCACACCCUCAUUUUCUUUCUCAUGUGGCCCUAAUCCUUGUCUGUAGAUGUCCAUGUCCGCAGAUAAUGACAUUUUAAACUUGUUGAUUAUCUGACUUUUUGUCUUGCGUUUCUAACAUUCGCAUCAGAUGCAUAUUGUGUUUGCUUCAAGUUGGCAAAUGUUAGAAUAUGAAUUAGCUUAAAUGCGACGGAUAACAUAGUAAACAUUAGACCUUAGACUGCUUGGUUCUUAUCAUGUUAGCAAUGUAAUUGGGAGCAAUAUAGCUUGCUGAUGUUAGCCUUUAGCUAAAAGAAACACAGUGCAGCCUCAGCCUCAGAGUCACUAACAAAGCUUAAUUUUAUUAGUGGAAUUACCUAAUUUAUCAACAGGUUUUGUUGAUUUGUUCUGUUUUCCUUUUUUCCCUUUAAUAAUUAUAUCUGCCACACAAAUAGUAAGGAGCAUAUCACCAGUCAAAUGUUAUGAGUGGGAGAUUUCCUUACUUACUAACAAUCCUAUUAUUUUUUAAAUGACACCCUUAAUGUGAGCAAGCAAAUAGGCUAUGUGUUAAUUUGUUUGUAAUGUUGCACUUACCUUGCUUCUAUGUAAUCAAACACUUUUAAACAUGGGGUCAAAUGUUUGCCUAUUACAUUCAGAGAGACACAAUGCUUUAUCUAUCUGCGUUUCCUAAUUACACUGUAAUGUAAACACAGUAAAGUGACACUGUAGAGCCAGCCGUGUGUAAAGCGUGCACUGAACAAUAUGAGCAUCCAGUCGGGGUCACAGCCGGACCCCACUCUGAUGCGACUCA